AUGCAUGAAUUUCUUUCUCAAGACGUUCAUCCUGUCAAAAAUUUAAUCUUUUAUGUUUCAAGAAAUCAAUGUUUGCAGUUUAAUCAAGCCCCUAAAAGCUAUCGUUCAAUCAUAAACCCAAUAAGUCAGUUUAUGAUGUUUGAUGGAAUAUCCUUAAAUAGAAAUAAAUCUUCUUCAUUAACAUUUAACAUGGAAAGAUUUCCAAAUGUUGGAACUCAAGCAUUUGCUGAAAGUGCUCGAUUCAUUCUUAUGAAAAUUUCGAAUAAAUACACUCCAUGGAUUUCACAUAACAUCAAAGCUGCUUUUAACAACUUUAUUGAAACUUUGAAAUUAUUGUUUUUAUCAUUACUUGAUAAUCCUGAAAACUUUCACAGUUUAUGA